AUGACCCCCAGCCUCACGGCCCUGCUCUGCCUGGGGCUGAGUGUGGGCCCCGGGACCCCAGAGCAGGCAGGGGCCCUGCCCAAACCCACCCUCUGGGCUGAGCCAGGCUCUGUGAUCACCUGGGGGGAUCCUGUGACCAUCUGGUGUGAGGGGGCACUGGGGGCCAAGGAGUUUCGUCUGUAUAGAAAGGAAAGCUCAGGCUCCUGGGACAGACGGAUAUCACUGGAACCUGGGAACAAAGCCCGGUUCCCCAUCCUACACAUGACACCUGACUACGCAGGGAGAUAUUUCUGUCUCUAUCACAGCCCCACUGGCUGGUCACAGGAUAGUGACCCCCUGGAGCUGGUGGUGGUGACAGGAUCUUACGCCAAACCCAGCCUCUCAGCCCUGCCAAGCCCUGUGGUGGUCUCAGGAGGGAACAUGACCCUCCAGUGUGGCUCAGGCCAGGAAUUUGACAGGUUCCGUCUGACUGAGGAAGGAGAACACAAUUCCUCCUGGACCCUGGACUCACAGCGACUCCCCAGUGGGCAGUUCCAGGCCCUGUUCCCUGUGGGCCCUGUGACCGCUAGUCACAGGUGGCUGUUCAGGUGCUAUGGGUAUUUCAACAACACCCCCCAGGUGUGGUCACUUCCCAGUGAGCGCCUGGAGCUCCUGGUCUCAGGUCGGUCCGGGAAGCCCAUGCUCCUGUCCCCGCAGGGCCCUGUUGUGGCCUAUGGACAGACCCUGACCCUCCAGUGUGGCUCUGAAGUUGGCUACAACAGAUUCGCUCUGGCCCGGGAGGGGGCCGGUGACCUCCAGCAAAGCCGUGGCCGGGGGUCCCCAGCUGGGCUGUCUCAGGCCCACUUCCCCCUGGGCCCGGUGAGCCGCCUCCACGGGGGCCGGUACAGAUGCUACGGGGGACACAGCCUCUCCGCCCAGUGGUCGGCCCCCAGCGACCCCCUGGACAUCCUGGUGGCAGGAUGGCUCCCUGACACCCCCUCCCUGUCCGUGAGCCCGGGCCCCAACGUGACCCGCGGAGAGAACGUGACCCUGCUGUGUCAGUCCCGAGGCCCGAGGGACACUUUCCUUCUGUCCAAGGAGGGGGCCGCUGAGCCCCCCCUGCGUCUGACCGCAGAGCGCACAGCUCAGAAGUUCCAGGCGGGAUUCUCCCUGGGUCCUGCCACCUCAGCCCUCGGGGGCACCUACAGGUGCUACAGCUCCCUCGGCAGGGACCCCUACCUGCUGUCACACCCCAGUGAGCCCCUGGAGCUCCUGGCAUCAGCCCCGCGCCCCCAGGAAUACACGCUGGGGAACCUCAUCCGCCUGGGCGUGGCCGCCUUCCUCCUGCUGGCCCUGGGGGUCCUGCUCUUGGAGGCUCUUCACAGCCACAGGAGGGCCCGAGACGGGGCAGGAGGGGGGCCCGGGAGGGGACAAGGCCCCGGCCAGAGCCCAUGA